AUGGCAGACCCGCAUGACGCGGGACAUGAGCGGGAUGCAGCCUCCUUCGGCUUCGGAUCCGACCCUUUGGCGGGGGUGGUAGCCGUAGACAUGCCUGACAGAGAGGAGAGCUGGAUUUAUAAGGGGGUCUGUCACUGUGGCAUCCUGGGGUGUGGAGGAGCUCAUCCCCGGGGUGUGGAGGAGCUCAUCCCCGGGCUGUGGAGGAGCUCAUCCCCGGGGUGUGGAGGAGCUCAUCCCCGGGCUGCGGAGGAGCUCAUCCCCGGGGUGUGGAGGAGCUCAUCCCCGGGGUGUGGAGGAGCUCAUCCCCGGGGUGUGGAGGAGCUGAUUCUCGGGGCAGAGACGGAGGUGUUCGAGAUCACAGACUUCACCACAGCCUCCGAAUGGGAACGGUUUGUGUCCAAACUGGAGGAGGUUCUGAAUGACUGGAAACUCAUCGGGAAUUUGCCUCGAAAACCUGCUCCCACCAAGGGGGAGUUCACCAGUGGAGUGUGGGGAGAGAAAAGUCAGGAUGUCAGUUUUGCAGAUUUUAAAUUCUCGAUCACACAUCAUUAUCUGGAACAGGAGGCGGAGCCUGAGACCCGGACGCCACAGGAGGACGAUGUGUUUCCUGAUGCUCUGCAGGACCUGCUCUGCACCAAUAACGACUUUCCCCCCAGAGCACACUGUCUGGUGCGCUGGUUUGGUGUGCGCUCCUUCCUGGUCCUUGCUCCUGGUCCAAACGUUGAGGUUAUCAGUGAGUCCAAGUGUAACCUCCUCCUGAGCUCCGUCUCCAUCGCUCUGCAGAACAGCGGCUGUCAGGUCCCGGUCCUGGUCCAGGUCCAGCAAAAGUGGAGGCGUCUGUACCAGGGGGAGUGUCAGGGACCAGGAGUGCGCACAGACUUCCACAUGGUCCAUCUGCACAAAGUCCCAGCUCACCACAGGAACCUGUCGGGUCUGCUGGACAUCUUCAAGAGCAAGAUGAGCUCCUCGUUGUCUCCUCUUCCUCCCAUCAACAUCUCUAUCAGAUUCACCUACAUCCUUCAGGACUGGCACCAGACCAGCUGGCCCCAGCAACCUCCGGACUUCGAUGCUGUUUUCGGUGGAGAAGUUGGAGGGGUGGAGUUUGGCAAAGUGCCGUUCGGAGCGUGUGCGGAGCCCAUCAGUGAGCUGCACCUCGCUGCCACAUGGCCUCAUCUGACGGAGGGCAUCAUAGUGGACAACGAUGUGUACAGUGAGCUGGAUCCCAUCCAGGCGCCGCACUGGUCUGUGCGGAUCAGGACUGUGGACAACGCACAGUGUCUGUUAGGUGACUUCCUGCUGGAGUUCUUCAGACUGGGUCAGUGCUCAGAGACUCUGGACGACGUCCUCGGCCGUGGUCUAACGGAGGAGGAGGGCAAAGACGCAGACAUCAGCUCUGCUCUUCAGAAGCUCACGCAGCCUUCAGCCUCUGUGCACAUGUCCAAACUGUCCGUGUCCCACAUGGUCCACAGCGCCAGACGACACAUCAGGAGGAGGAGAUACGAGGAGUCCCCACUUAGUCAUGAAAGCCUGAACGCAGCAGUCCUGUUCUUGUUUCCAGAUGCAGCGACAGAAAAGUCCUCAGAGCAAAGAUGUCAGACUGAACCACAUCCAGACCCAGACUCUACCCAGUACCUGCAGCUGAAGGCCUCGCCCCCCCUCUCCCUCACCCACCGUCUGGCUCUGGCUCUGGCCGCGGUGAACCACUCCCAGGGGGGUCUCCGCGCCGUGGCUCAUCUGUGGCAGGAGUUUGUGCUGGAGCUGAGGUACCGCUGGGAGAACAACUACCUGAUCCACGGUUUGCCCAGUGGAGCUCCAGACCUGCGCUGCUGCUUACUACACCAGAAACUACAGAUGUUGAACUGUUGCAUCCAGAGGAAGCGCAGUCGAGACGAGGCCCAGAGCUCCGCCCCCAGAACCUCCGGCUCCGCCCCCAGAACGACCUCAGAGGGAGAUACGGCGCUCUGGGACUCAGACAGCGACGACGAGUUCUACGAAUGUGUCAGCGACUUAUCUGAGAGCGACCGAAGGAGAGCGGAGGGAGGAAGACCAGAAGGAGCCAGACCAGAAGGAGGGAGCCCGAGCGGUGGCCACAGGAGACCAGAGGGACGACUCAAACAGUACCAGGACCUCAGGCUUCUGCAGAACAACGAGCCACUCUACGUACCAGUGACCCAGGAGCCCUCCCCCAUGACUGAGGACAUGUUGGAGCAACAGUCUGAGGUCUUGUCUAAACUGGGGACGUCAGCAGAGGGCGCUCACCUUCGCGCUCGCAUGCAGAGCGCCUGCCUGCUGUCCGACAUGGAGGCCUUCAAGGCGGCAAACCCCGGCUGUAUUCUGGAGGACUUUGUGCGCUGGUAUUCUCCCCGAGAUUUUGUCACAGAGUCUGAAGACCAGGCCGAAGACCAGGCCAAGGACCAGGCCAGGGACCAAGCCGAAGACCAGGCUGAAGACCGGGCUGAGGACCGGGCUUCAGGGCCCCAGCUCCGGGGCCAGCUCAGCGCUCGCAUGCAGAUCCCUGGGAACAUGUGGCUGGAGACCUGGGAUACGGCCAAAGCCACACCUGCCCGGAGACAGAGACGGCUGUUUGACGACACCACAGAAGCAGAGAAGGUCCUCCACCAUCUCUCUCUGAUGAAACCCUCAGACCUGAUGCUGCAGCUGCUGCCGAACCUGCUGCUGUCGGCUCUGAGCAAACUCACAGAGGAAGAGACCGUUGAGGACUUGCCGUCGGUGAAGAAGGCUCUGGCUCAGGCUUCACUUCAGGCCGGAAGACUCAUGCACCAGCAGAGCCUGGACCUCCCACUCAUAGAGGAGUUCCUGCUGCAGCUCAUGACUCUGGAGACGUCCAUCACUCGAGCUCGAUCUCUGAAAACAAAGUUUGGAGUUUCACGAGAUUCAGGAGAACAACGAGAAGAGCUGCUGGAAUUUGUGAACUCUCUCCUGGAGGAGCCGGAGGUGGAGGUGGUGGGAGCAGGACAAGGACCAGCAGGACACAUUAUCCACCAACUGUUCAUCAGCUCUCAGAGGGCGGCGCUGCUGUCCCCUGUGGAUUCGGACGUUGUUUCCGAGGCAGACUUCCGCGCUCCCGAGCAGACGGUCCCGGACUUUCCUCGUCCCGCGGGUCGUGAGCUGAUCCUUCGCACCUGCGUCCCGAGUCCCGCCCCCUACUCCCGAUCGUUACCUCAGCGGAUGUUCUGUGUCCUGCUCAAGGACGAGGUCAGGCUGGCGGCGGCGCUGAGCUACGAUACUGCAUUCUUCUGA